AUGACUUCCGCACCCAGAUUCUCUGCCCCACUAAUCGUGGCCCUGACCUUCGCCCUGGUGGCGCACACGUGGGCGGAUGAGUUCGACCUGGACUACUCCAAUGAGUACGACGAUGUGCGUCCGCAUUUGGUCUAUCCAGACGAUCCGAGGCUGGACAAGCGGAUCGGCGAUGCGGCGCGUGAGUUUGGACAAAAUGUAACCCAGGCAUGGAACGCGAUGGUGGACUCGUUUAAGAACUAUUUCGAGGAGCUCAAGAACCUUUUCGCCGACACCACGGAUCACAGUGGAUCACCCAACGAGAUCUUUUCCACCCACUGAAAUGUGGACUCAACUUUGCGGCAAAUAAAGCGUAGCAAGAAACACUGAAACAUUCAUUUGAUUCGGGAAUACCUACUAUUCAAAGCCAACUUGAUUGCAUUUUUGAUUAUCUUUUGAAAAGGCAAAACUCGCAAUCUCACUAAGUAAUAAGGUAUUAAUCAUAAAUGUGUAGCUACGUAGAUGAUAUUCAAUUAGUUACUGAUUGGUUCGGAUUAAAUUUGCUUUUACACUGGACAA